CAAAACAAAGAAUAAUAAGGCACGCCCUGAAGGAGUACAUCUUCUAGUGGAGAUUUUGGGGGAAAGACAAAGCACGCAAAACAAAUUACAAUAUAAUGUGGUAAGUUCUUUAAAAGAGGUAAGAGCAACAAGCACAGAAGAGGGAGAAAGCAGCAUCCUGACUGGAAGAGCCAGGGAAAAACCCGGUGAAGUGCACUAUCUUGUUUAAUCUUUACAACAUCCUUACAGGGUUCUUUGGUUGUGAAAAUACAUGAAAUAAAUCAUGAAGGCAACUAUCAUCUUCCUCCUGCUUGCUCAAGUUUCCUGGGCUGGACCGUUUCAACAGCGAAGCAUAUUUGACUUUUAUGACCUCUUGGCAGCCGAAGAGGCUUCUGGCGCAGGCAUCGAUGAGCCUCAUCCUGGAGCUCGUGAUCUAGAGCCUAUGGGGCCCGUGUGUCCCUUCCGCUGUCAGUGCCAUCUCCGAGUUGUCCAGUGUUCUGAUUUGGGUCUGGACAGUGUACCAAAAGAUCUUCCCCCGGACACUACACUGCUGGACCUGCAAAACAAUAAAAUAACUGAAAUCAAAGAUGGGGACUUUAAGGACCUGAAGGACCUUCAUGCAUUGAUUCUGGUCAACAACAAAAUUAGCAAAAUCAGCCCUGGAGCAUUUACACCUUUGGUGAAAUUGGAACGACUCUAUCUGUCCAAGAAUCAGCUGAAGGAAUUGCCAGAAAAAAUGCCCAAAACUCUUCAAGAACUGCGUGUCCAUGAGAACGAGAUCACCAAAGUGCGAAAAUCCGUGCUCAAUGGACUGAACCAGAUGAUUGUCAUAGAAUUGGGCACCAACCCACUGAAGAGCUCAGGAAUUGAAAACGGAGCCUUCCAGGGAAUGAAGAAGCUCUCCUACAUUCGCAUUGCUGACACCAAUAUCACCUCCAUCCCUCAAGGUCUCCCUCCUUCCCUUACUGAAUUACAUCUCGAUGGCAACAAAAUUACCAAAGUUGAUGCAGCUAGCCUGAAAGGACUGAAUAAUUUGGCUAAGUUGGGACUGAGUUUCAACAGCAUCUCUGCUGUUGACAAUGGCUCUCUGGCCAACACUCCUCAUUUGAGGGAACUGCACUUGGACAACAACGAGCUUCUCAAAGUGCCUGCUGGGCUGGCAGAACAUAAGUACAUCCAGGUUGUCUACCUUCAUAACAACAAUAUCUCUGCAGUUGGAUCUAAUGACUUCUGCCCACCUGGAUAUAACACCAAAAAGGCUUCUUAUUCAGGAGUGAGCCUUUUCAGCAACCCAGUUCAGUACUGGGAGAUUCAGCCAUCUACCUUCCGAUGCGUCUAUGUGCGCUCUGCCAUUCAGCUUGGAAACUACAAGUAACGCCCAAGAAAGCCCCAUUUUUAUAAUGGCAAAAUCUCAUUAAUGUCAUUGCUCAGAAAAAAAGAAAAUGAAAGCUAAAUACUGAAAUCUUAACUGCAAUGUGGAUGUUUUUCCCACAUGACGUUAUGCAUAAAGCCAAAUAUGCAGUUUAAAUAAUUGCCUACAAUAAAAGAAAUAUUUUGCCUGAAUUCUUUUUUGAAGCUUUCUGUUGAUGUUAACUGAGCUGUCGCAGAUAUUCUUAUUUCACUAAAUACAAAAUUUGGAGAAAAUACGUAUGUCCAAAAUUUAGUAAAGCUUUUCUUUUUUAAUUUUCAACGGAGUCAAAUUUAAAAAGUAUCAAUCUUCUGUAACUCAUAGGAUGGUUAGUGACUUAAAAUCAAAAGUCAAAUUCUAGCUCUGUAUUAAUCCCCACUAUUACUGGAAAAGCCUUAUUUGAAUAUGUAAAUUCAAAUAGGCUAUGUAAAAUUUUUACUGUCAUUAUUUUGAAAAAAAUAAAUUCACAAGUUCACAUUAAAAA